CUGGAGGCGUAACCUAGGGGCGGAUACCGCUGAACUGGGCUUGACAGAAGGAAAAAGUGGAAGGAGGACAAAGCGCAACAGCGCACAAGCUUGAGGCCAGACUGUUAAUGCCCGCGUUGGUCGAGGUCGCGGUGGGGCGCACUGAGCUCUGAGUGGCUGGCAGCUCAUCCGUUGGUGAGAGCCAGACGGGCGCCAAAGAUCUACAGGAUGGCGAGAGUCCUGAAGAUGCUGCACUAAAGCCGAUCUUGCGCACUCUUAACCACGGAGGGAGCGGGGCUAAGGGAAGAGGAGGUCAGCCCCUUCAGGCUGCAGGAAGGAGCCGCUUGGCACUUCUGCCACUAUUCCCAUCGCCGCUGCCAGCCGCUUGGAUCAGCGAAGGCUGAGGCGGCGUCCCAUCACCGAGGGGCUUUGGGAUUGCAAGUGCCCGCCGCGUUUGCAGGGCACACGAGGCGUCAGUGCUCUAGGCAGGCGCCCUGCUGAGCCUUUCCCUGGGAGAGUUGUGCAACCGGCUUAAGAGAAGAAAGUGGCGAGGAUUUCCGCGCGCUUCGUCCAUCUGUGCCGCGGGUGCGACUUCCUUGUUAGUUUUUCCGCUGUUGGCUCUUUCCCCCCCCCUCCCCCCCAUGUUAACCUCUAUUUGAACAUGGCAAGGACAGUAUCUCCUGGAAAUGGAUUUAGUGUGCCAAAAAGCACAGGAAACCAGAGCUAAAUGACAGGAUGCGGGCGACUUAAGGAGAUAGUCGAGAGAGAAAAGGGAGAGAGUAAGAGAGAGAGAGAGAGGAGAGAGAGCGCGCCUAUUGCAAUCGACAAGACCUUCUGGUGCUACUACAACAAUUGUUGUCGGCUGAGUCGGUUUUCUGUUUCUUUAUAACUGCCCGUGCUGAAGGAGGAUUUAAGAUCUGAGCGGAAUUGCGUGGAGAGAUUGGAUAAUCUUGUUCCCUUUCUUCAGACCUCCUGUAUCCGAAGCAGAAGAUGGCCUGGGGUCUACUUUUGCACUCUGCAGCCCUCAUAGUCGCCUUCGGCAAGGCUUUGAAGAGUGAUCGAUGUGGAGAAAACAUACAAAUUUUAGAGCCUGGAUAUCUCACCUCUCCAGGCUACCCUAAUAGUUAUCAUCCGAGUCAAAAAUGUGAAUGGUUGAUUCAAGCUCCUCAACCUCACCAGAGGAUUAUGAUCAACUUCAACCCACACUUUGAUUUAGAGGACAGAGAAUGCAAGUACGAUUAUGUUGAAGUGAUUGAUGGAGACAGUGCAAAUGGGCGAGUGUGGGGAAAGUUUUGUGGCAAAAUUGCUCCCCCACCUGUGAUAUCUACAGGACCAUACCUGUUAAUCAAGUUUGUCUCUGAUUAUGAAACUCAUGGAGCAGGCUUCUCCAUUCGCUAUGAAAUUUUUAAAAGAGGACCAGAAUGUUCCAGAAACUUCACAUCUAUGACUGGAAUGAUCAAAUCACCAGGAUUCCCUGAAAAAUAUCCCAACAGCCUUGAAUGUACUUACAUUAUCUUUGCACCAAAGAUGUCAGAGAUUAUCCUGGAAUUUGAAAGCUUUGAAUUGGAACCGGAUACAAACCCUCCAGGAGGCGCAUUCUGCCGCUAUGAUCGCUUGGAAAUCUGGGAGGGUUUCCCGGAAGUUGGUCCUCAUACUGGGCGAUAUUGUGGACAAAACACACCUGGUCGUGUUCUCUCAUCAACUGGCAUUCUCUCCAUGGUUUUCUAUACCGACAGUGCUAUAGCAAAAGAAGGCUUCUCUGCAAACUACACUGUGGUCCACAACAAUGUUCCAAAAGACUUCCAGUGCAUGGAACCACUUGGCAUGGAAUCUGGUGAAAUUCAUUCUGACCAGAUUACUGCCUCUUCCCAAUAUAACCCCCAGUGGUCAUCUGAAAGGUCCCGUUUAAAUUAUCCUGAAAAUGGAUGGACACCUGAAAUUGAUUCUACUAGAGAAUGGAUACAGGUAGAUGUAGGUGUUCUCCGCUUUGUAUCUGCCAUUGGGACUCAGGGAGCCAUCUCCAAAGAAACUAAAAAAAUGUAUUUUCUGAAAACAUACCGAGUAGAUAUCAGCUCCAAUGGAGAAGAUUGGAUAUCCAUUAAAGAUGGGAACAAUAAACCUUUGCUAUUCAUGGGGAACACCAAUCCAACUGAGGUUGUUUAUAGAUCUUUUCCUAAGCCAGUUCUGACACGUUUUAUUCGAAUCAAGCCUGUAAACUGGGAAACUGGAAUAUCACUGAGAUUUGAAAUCUAUGGCUGUAAAAUUACUGAUUAUCCUUGCUCUGGCAUGCUGGGUAUGGUGUCUGGACUCAUCACUGACUCUCAGAUUACAGCAUCAAAUGAAUUGGAUCGGAAUUGGCUUCCAGAAAAUGUCCGUCUUAUAACAAGCCGUAUAGGAUGGGCACUGCCACCCCCGGUUGGUCAUACGUAUACAAAAGAAUGGCUUCAGAUAGACCUUGGUGAAGAAAAGAGAGUCCAGGGCAUAAUUGUCCAAGGAGGUAAACACAGAGAAAACAAGGUCUUCAUGAGAAAAUUUAAAAUUGAAUAUAGCUACAAUGGAUCAGACUGGAAAUGGAUUAUGGAUGCCAGCAAAAAGAAAGCCAAGAUUUUUGAAGGCAAUACCAACUAUGAUACUCCUGAACUUCGCACUUUUGACCCAUUGACAACCAGAUUCAUCCGUGUUUAUCCAGAAAGAGCCACACAUGCUGGAUUGGGACUAAGAUUGGAACUGCUGGGUUGUGAAAUUGAAGUAACUACUUCAGUCCCAACCACAGCUGAUACCAGUCCUGUGGAUGAGUGUGAUGACGACCAAGCAAACUGCUACAGUGGAACAGGUGAUGACUUCCAUUUGACAGGGAGUACCACAGCUACGAUCACAGAAAAACCAGUACCAACUGAUACUACAGUUCAGCCAGCCAUCCAUUAUUCCAUUACUGAAGAACUUCCGGCAUAUGGUUUCAACUGUGGAUUUGGCUACAGUUCUCAAAAGACAAUCUGUCGCUGGGAACAUGAUGCCCAGCUGGAUUUGAGAUGGGCAGUACUCACCAGCAAAACAGGACCCAUUCAGGACCACACAGGAGAUGGCAAUUUUAUUUAUUCCCAAGUUGAUGAAAACCAGAAAAGCAAAAUUGUACGCCUCAUCAGCCCUAUCAUCAACCUGCAAAAUUAUGCCCUUUGCAUGACUUUCUGGUAUCAUAUGUCGGGCCCUCACGUCGGCACACUAAGAAUCAAACUGCGGUACCAGGUCCCUAAAGAAUACGAUCGGGUCUUAUGGACACUAAGUGGAAAUCAGGGAAACUGCUGGAAGGAAGGACGGGUUUUUCUCCACAAAUCUGUGAAACAUUAUCAGGUAAUGGUGGAAGGAGAAAUUGGAAAGGGAAAUGGAGGAAUUGCAGUUGAUGAUAUUAACUUUGACAGCCACAUAUCACAAGAAGAAUGCCGAAAAUUUACUCCUGAUUACCGUGAAAAUGGGGAGCCUCAUAAUGACAACAUCUCCCGAAAGCCAGGCAAUGUGCUGAAAACACUUGACCCUAUUCUUAUUACCAUCAUCGCUAUGAGUGCCCUGGGUGUGUUGCUGGGCGCCAUCUGUGGGGUCAUUCUGUACUGCGCCUGUUGGCACAAUGGGAUGUCCGAUAGAAACUUAUCUGCACUGGAGAACUACAAUUUCGAACUUGUGGAUGGUGUGAAAUUAAAAAAGGAAAUUGAACACACAGAAUACGUAUUCAGAAGCAUGAGGCUGAAAACUGCGUUGAAGACGCUGAGCCAAGCUUUUCUCAGGAGCUUCAGUGGGUGUACCAGAUAUUCUAAGACACGGACAACAAUCUGUGUUAAACAAUCUGAAUCAUUAAGCCAUGAAGUAAGUCUUUUAAUUCUGUCCAAGAUGUUCAUAUAAAUCGAUGGCAAUGAGAAUUUGUUGUUGAUGUUGAAGAGCAAAGAAUGUUUUUCUCAUCCAUCUAGCUAUCCAAUUUAAGGGUAAUUGUUUCUGCGCAGGACUCAUUCAUGCUAAUGUAGAGGCAUACUUAUAUUGCUACAAAUAAUAAUGCAUUGACUUUGCUAAUAAUGGAUUUGCUUAAAAAAAACAUUGUAUAACAUGUCCUAAACUGGAUUUAAAAUGAGUACUGUUAACAUUCUAAUGAGAAGGAAUUGGGGCUCUUGUGCUGCUUCCAUUCAGUUAUCAAUAGUAGCCAUGUUUUAAGAAUUAAGUCAAUCUCCAAAAGACACAAUUAACUCUUAAAGAUCUUAAAUCAUAACAAGCAUUCAGGGCACUAUGAACUGAUUUUGUCACAUUGUUUUAUGUGGUAUUCAACUGCACCUUUGAUUAAAAACAGCUGGUGUUCACCACACCAGAGCAAAUGUUUAACAACUCUGCUCUUGUUGUAAAUAUGAGUUAUCAUCCAAAGAAGGUUUAUUGAAGUAAAAUAUCUACCAUGAAAAAAGAAUCAUAGUGACAAAAGAUUAUAUGAAUUAAUUGUUUUAGUUAUCCAAUUUACACUGUAAUUGAAUGAUCUAGUUAAUUAUCCCAAAGAGAAGAUCAAAUGCAAAUAAUUUUUACUGCACUUCUUUCAUGUACAUUUAGUUGCAUCAUGUAUUAUGGACUCUAUGUCAAUAAUUACAUAGGCAUCUUAAGAUCUGUGACAAAAGUGCGUACAAACAUUAUUUAAGAGGGGCAGAUUUCAUUGCAAAAGGAUGUACUUUCUAGAACUCAAAAAGUAACAGAUACAAUAUUAAUCUUGGUAUGGAAAAAAGGAUUUUUAACCAUUUGUGCACAUAUGAAUUAAAUCUGCUGCCUAUAAAUCAGACUUCAGGUAAUCCUCAACUUGAGGAUUGAGCCAAAAAUGUAUGUUGUUACAUGAGACAUUUGUUAAGUGAGUUUUGUC